GAAGGAUUGGAGCCGGUUCGCCGAUUAAGUUUUGUUGCUGCUUGUUGCGAGAAGGGUGAUUAACACACCGAUUUUCGUGUUUUUUUUUUUUCCUGGACUUUUUUUUUUCCUUUCUCCUCUCUCUCAGAGCGGAGAUCUGGUUCGGCUGCGGGGACCUCGAGGGGGGGAAAUAGAGCGAGAAGAGGGAGAAAAAGAAUAAACCCUCCUCAGACGUCCAGCGACAUCCAUAACAAAGGAAGAGAGGGAGGGGGGUUGGAAAGUUAAGGAUUCCAGGAACUUCAGGCGAGAGUUUUUAUCUCGAGCUGAGAAUAAGGAGACCGGCGCGUCUGGAAAAAGCCACGACUUGGGUUCGGAUUCUUUUCCCUUCUACCUACGUGAAAGCGACAGAGACGACUUCCAAGGAGAGGGGAACAUCCCCCUCCCCCUCGCCCGCACCCCCAACCCCCGACUCUCCCGAGUGAUUGCACCCCGUGUUGUUCCUGUUUGUGUUUUUUCAUAGACACAAUUUUCUACCUUGGGGGGCGGCAGUUUGUGUUGGUUUCUUUUGUUUUUCUUUUUUAAAAUAAUGUACUGCUAAAGAAAACCUCCCCGGACACUCUUGAAGACUAUACUCUGCCAGCAGGCCACGACCUCAGGGAGGAGUGAAUGAGUCUGCCCAUGAGAGAACCAGUCAUUUCGGGGACAGGCAUGACUUACCACCCUUUCCUUCCUCACCGGGCACCGGACUUCGCCAUGAGUGCCGUCCUGGGACACCAGCCGCCUUUCUUCCCGGCCCUGGCCCUGCCGCCCAACGGAGCCGCCGCUCUGUCUCUCCCCGGGGCUCUGACCAAGCCGAUCAUGGAUCAGCUGGUGGGGGCCGCGGAGACCGGAAUCCCUUUCUCUUCGCUGAGCCACCAGGCGGCUGGACACCUGAGGCCUCUCAAGACGCUGGAGCCGGAGGAGGAGGUCGAAGACGACCCCAAGGUCCACCUGGAAGCCAAGGAGCUGUGGGAACAGUUUCACAAAAGAGGGACGGAGAUGGUCAUCACCAAGUCGGGAAGGAGAAUGUUUCCUCCGUUUAAAGUGAGGUGUUCUGGGCUGGAUAAAAAGGCCAAGUAUAUUUUGCUGAUGGAUAUUGUCGCCGCCGAUGAUUGUAGAUAUAAAUUCCACAACUCGAGAUGGAUGGUGGCCGGCAAAGCUGACCCCGAAAUGCCAAAGAGGAUGUACAUUCACCCGGACAGUCCGGCCACAGGCGAGCAGUGGAUGUCUAAAGUGGUCACUUUUCACAAACUGAAACUUACCAACAACAUUUCGGACAAACACGGAUUUACGAUUUUGAAUUCGAUGCACAAAUACCAGCCAAGGUUUCACAUCGUCAGAGCCAAUGACAUCCUGAAACUCCCCUAUAGUACAUUUCGGACAUACGUGUUCCCGGAGACCGAAUUCAUAGCUGUGACGGCUUACCAGAAUGACAAAAUAACCCAGUUAAAGAUUGACAAUAAUCCCUUUGCAAAAGGUUUUCGUGAUACCGGGAAUGGGAGGCGAGAAAAGAGAAAGCAAUUGACCCUGCAGUCCAUGAGAGUGUACGAUGAGAGACAUAAAAAGGAGAAUGGGACUUCGGAUGAAUCCUCUAGCGAGCAGACUGCUUUUAAAUGCUUUGCCCAACCCUCUUCCCCGGCAGUGUCUACUGUAGGGACUUCGAAUCUCAAAGAUCCCAGCUGUCCCAGCGAGGGCGACAGCGACGCAGAGGUCAAGGACGAGCCGGGCCACGAGGUCAGCGAUUCGGGCAAAAUCACCACCACCACCUCCGAAGACCCUCCCCGGGAGAAAGGCAGCCCCACCGCGCCCAAACCAGUGGGAGGGUCGUCGUCGUCUUCCUCCUCCGCCCUGUUCCCCCCGGAGGUGGCGGUCAGCGGCCGGACCCGGGAAGGGACCCGUCCAGACUCCAGGCACAGUCCGGCCACCAUCUCGUCCAGCACCCGCGGCCCCGGAGGCGGCGAUGACCGCAAGAGUCCCGGAGGAGGAGGGGGCGGUGGUGGCCGGGAGGGGGUCCCCAGGGCGGAGGAGGGCCGAGGGCUCCCUGGAGGCAAGGAGGCGUUCGCCCCGCUCACAGUGCAGACGGACGGCGGGGCGGCCGGUGUGGUCCCGGCUCUGGGCCAGGGACCCCUACCCAACCUCGGCUUCCCCCCGGGCCUCGCAGGGACCCCCUUCUUCAGCCCCCUGAGCAACGGUCACCCGCUCCUCCUACACCCAAGCCAGUUCGCCAUGGGGGGAGCCUUCCCCGGCAUGGCGGCCGGAAUGACCCCUCUGCUGGCCACGGUGUCAGGAGCCUCCACCGGGGUCACCGGGCUGGACACCACGGCCAUGGCCACCGCGGCCGCCCAGGGAUUGUCCGGCGCCUCGGCCGCAGCUCUGCCCUUCCACCUCCAGCAACACGUUCUGGCUUCACAGGGUUUGGCGAUGUCUCCUUUCGGGGGUCUCUUCCCGUACCCCUACACCUACAUGGCCGCCGCCGCCGCCGCCUCCACGGCGGCCGCCGCAGCGUCUAGCUCAGCAGCGCACCGGCAUUCCUUCCUGAACGCCGUGCGGCCCCGUCUGCGGUACAACCCCUAUCCCAUCCCGGUGCCCCUCCCGGACAGUAGCGGCCUGCUGGCCACGGCCCUGCCCACCCUGGCCGGGGGCGCGCUGGAAGCCAAACCCCCUCCUCUCCUGCCCGGGGGCAGCCCGGCCUCCUCGGCCCCCCUGGACUCCGGCUCAGAACUGAACAGCCGGGCGUCCACUCUAUCGUCCAGCUCCGUGUCCCUGUCUCCCAAGCUGGGCUCGGAGAAGGAGUCCCAGCCCAGCGAACUCCAAAACAUUCAGCGCCUUGUGAGCGGACUGGAAUCCAAGCAAGACAGAUCCAGGAGCGAGUCUCCCUAACCGGCCGACCACACCGCCCUUCCCGCCCCUUCCCCGGCUCUUCAUGGGUCCUGGGAAGAGAUGGGGUGGCCACGGUGGGGGGUGGGAGGGUCUGGGAAAAGGGGGCUCCCCUUUCCCCACCCCCGACUCCCUCCUGGAUCCCAUUCCGAGUUUCGCAGUGCACUUUGUAAAAGAAGGGAGGUCCGAGAGACCCGUCUCACCUACCCGAAAGAGCGAAAUCAUCUGGAUCAAGGGGAGGGGGAAAGGGGGCUGGGGUCGCGGAGAGGGGAGGGGCGAGGUGGGGUGGAGAGAGUCUGAAAGCUGCUAUGGGUAGAAAUCAACCUCUUUUGCGAAAGGUCACGUUGCCCACAGGAAGGAAAGAUUUUCCAGAAUCUCCAGGAGUGGGUUUUUCACUGUAAAAAAAAAAAAAAGGAAAUGAAAUUUUAUUGAAAUGGGGCGGGGGGAGGAUAACUAAAAGAGCAGAAAAGGUGAUUCCCCCCCGCCCAGAAAAACCUUAAGUGAUUUGCCUAUCAGUUCUUCAAAAUCAAUUAUAACGUGCAGAAUUGUUUGGGGUGGGCUAUAAUUGUCGCUCUCGUUAGACUAUAUUAACGGAUCUGUGUCUUUUUAAUAUUAUUGUGAUGUCUCCGAGCUAUCGAAAGGCUCGCGCAUGUUGGUAGAAGUCUACUUUCUGGUUUUAUUUUUUAUUUUUGAAUGCUUGUUUAAUUCCCGGGGAGAAAAAGCAAAGACCCCUUUCCUGGCUUCCUCUCCACCCCCCUCUAGCGACAACAAAAAAAGGAAAAAAAAAAAUCAUUGUUGGAAAGAAAAUAAGAGACGAUGAGUUUAUUUUAUCUAAACUAGUUUGAUCGUAGGUGUCUCAGCUGUUUUCCUUCUCUUACUGUAUAUGCAAUAACAAGGUUUAAAAAAUAAUAAUAAAAAAGAAGCGGACGCUAUUAAGACAAAGUAUUUAUGUAAUUAUUUGAUAACUUGUACAUAAAUGGAAUAUGAAUACUCGAAAUUAAACUUUAAUUUAUUGACACUGUACAUAUCUCUGUAAAUAAGACUGCAGCUGCUUUUUUGUCGUUUCCUUAGUCAUUUUCAUUUCAAGGUCAUAGGGUUCCUUUUAAGAUGGGAAAAAGCCACACACACACACACACUGCUGAGGUUUUGUAGCCAUUUUUGCAAAAAAAAUUGCCCAAUAUUCUCCUUUUUUAAAAAAAGAACCGAUUCAAAAGAUGAUAUAGUUGAAAUACUUUUUUAAAAGAGGGUCGGGGGGGAGGGUAUAGUGCCAAUGUAUCUUGCAACGGUCAUUUCUGUUGCCCGUUUUAUAUAGGAAAAAAUUCAUUACUCCUGAACGUUCAACACGCUUCCCAGUGGCUCAGAUAAAGCGGGGAGGGAGGGACGAAAAAAUACUGUGGUUUUGAUUUUUGCCAAUUCUUUGGUGUGUAAAUUGAAUACUAGGUUUUACUGCUGUUGUCGCUGUUGAUCCUGGUUUGAGUCGGUGCAUAAUAAUAGAUUCAUCUAUAUAUUCACAGCUUUGAAAGUCAGACGCUGAAAUCUGGUUCCAAACCCUCCCCUCCCCCAAUGAAGGUAUAUUUUGUGUUAUAUCAUUGUUGAUGAGUUCUUGGUUUUCUGUAUUUUUUUCUUUAAAAAAAGUCACUGAAAUUUCAAUAAAUUUUUAUUGAAAUGUC